AUGUCAUUUGCAUUAAUUAUUAUAAAUAGUCAUAUAUUUUGGGGUUUUGAAAUAGUUAAUGAACAAUCUCAAAAAAAUUGUUUACCAUCAAAAACAAAAAUUGUUUAUCAUAAUAAACCUAAUUCAUUAACUUAUGAUCGUUUUUAUGCUAUAUUUGAUUCAUUAGAUAUGUUAUUUGCUGUUCUUAUUCCAUUUAUUGUUAUACGUUCAAUAACAACUGUUUUAUCAACGACAGUACAAUCCAAAAAAACACGUAAAAGAUAUGAAAAAGAAAGACAAUUAACUGUUAUGCUACUUGGAAGUGCAGCUGCUUUCUUAGUAUUUACAUUGCCAACAGAAAUCAAUGACACAGUACGUGCUUUCCAUCCACCAAAUUUAUCUCAACCAAAAGGUGCCAUGGCAUUAAUGACAGCGGUAUUUAUUGCUAUGGAACAAUUAAAUCAUGCAAUUCAUUUUUAUAUUUAUACAUUAACUGGUCGAGUUUUUCGAAAUGAAUUAAUACAAUUAUUUACUUUUUCCAAAUAUACUUCAUUAACACAACAAAAAUCAAUAUCAUUAAGACGAAUGAAUAAUGACCAUCAAGUUAAUAGUUUAAUAAAACAUAAAACUAAUCAUCGUGAUUCUUGA